CCGCAAUCACGAAUCACCAUUCAACAAACUUCAAACGGAACAACAACCCCAUACCAUCCUAAUAUGUCAAGAGAUAGAGACGCAAAGCACCAUCUUCCGACCCCACGGACCCUCCUCACGAACCUCAUAAACGCUAUUUCCAACAUCCCUCUCACCCCUCAACAACCAUCCGACUCUAAACCAGACCAAUCCAGAAGACGUCUCAUUCACGACCCCAGCCCACCAGGAAACCCGCUUCGCCAUGUGUCCCCAUCCCAUCGACAUCUAAUCAUCACCCUGCACGCGCUUUUCCCGGGUAUGGUCCUCCCGGCCCUGGACUUGCUGGAGCGCGGGUGCGUCAGCCGGGUGGUCCUCAAGGAUCGCCCUCAUCAUCAUGCCGGGGGCCGUGCAACUUAUGAUGAUCACGAUGAAAACAAUGAUGAUGGGGAUGAUGAGCAUGACACCCCAGACGCUCAAAACGACGGAGUGCGUGCGACCGAGCAGACCCAGGUUGGUACACAAGGGAGGAAGGGGAGGAUAAAACGAAAAAGUCCCAGCUUCUACCUCGUCACAUCAUCAUCCUCAUCAUCAGCAUCAACUACGACGCUGUCAUCACCAGCGGGCGACUCAGUUACACAUCACCUGAACCGCGGAUCCCGGCGACUGAAAAAGCUCGCCGGUGAGUACCACCACCACCACCACCACGAGGGCGCCACAGCAGGAACGGGAACCGCAACAGGCACGGGGCUGAGGAGAUACCUCGUCCGACUGGGCGCGUGGAACUGCACCUGCGCGGCGUUCGCCUUUGCCGCGGUGCAAGGGGGUACUCCGCUCGGGGAAGGGGAAGGCGGAGCCGAUGCUGGUAUGGGCGGCGGGACAGAGACAGAGAUGGACUGGUCAUUCGGUGGAAUGGCCAUGGAUGGGUUGGGCGUCGAGGGUGGCACAGCUGCUGCUGCUGCUCCUGGAGGGGGAGUACCGCUCUGCAAACACCUGCUUGCGUGCAUGCUGGCUGAGAGAUGGAGCGCUGCUUUGGGCCGGUAUGUGGUUACAAGGAGGGUUGCAAGGGAGGAGAUGGCGGGUAUUGUUGCGGAUGUGUGAGGGAAUGGGGA